AAAAGUUCAGUUAGAUCCCAUUUCAGUUGUUGGAAGGCAAAUUUCUUUUAUAAACUUAUUAAAAGCCAUAUUAAGAUAGCUUAUGUGUGCUCGUAGGAUUUUAUUACUCUUAAAUUAUUUGUGUUUAAAUAUCUUGUUUUGCAGCUGGUUCUUAGGAAAUUAGAAUAGGUACGAAGCAUUAAUGUGGAUUCUGUUGUAGGUUUACAUAAGUGGAAACAACAUAACAGGAAACCACAAAUAGUGAGUUAAAAUGUUGUAAACUUCACCUCUUACAUGGGUGGCAAGAAUAGACAGCCAGGGAAGGCCAGAAGAGUUGAUAACAGAACUUGAAUUGGCAACCAUUCACCAGCAAUUUUGAUAGUCAGUCAUUUUUGUUUUGGAAGGAGUCCCUGAAAUCUUAGAAUCUUGACCAACCAUCCCCAAAGCCUGCUGAGCUCCUCCUUCAGAUGAAAAUUAUUGGAGGAUGUUUGAUCAUUGCCUUUUCUACCCUUCUUUCAAUAGGAUUCAGCAAAAUACCAAGUUCUACAGAUACUUGCCCCGAGGUUGGUUCUCGGGGUAGACACUCUGAUGCUUAAGUCAGCAAUAAUCAGAGCUACUAGUUAUGGAGUGAGAGUAAAACCUGAGUUUGAGGUCGAUUUCCCAUACCUUUCAGAGGUGGACCCUGAGGGAGCAAGAACAGAGGGGACGAGCUUGAAUCCGACUGAGCUCAUCGUCCUUCAAUCGAAUCGAGGUAGCUGGAUGUCGGGGGCUGCUUCGGAUGUCAGAGGUUGCGCAUCUCAGGCAGCUUCGGAGUACACGACUUCGGACUGACAGCAUGCUUCAUCUCGUGACCUCUGACAUCCUACGUCUCAUGAGCUCAGUCUACCUACAUACCUCUGAUCUCAUGACCUUUGUCUAUCCACAUGCCUCUGAUAUCUCAUGACCUUUGUCUAUUCACGUACCUCUGUCUACACCCACUACAAUACCACUUGUACAUCAACAAGUUAAAUAAUAGGAAUAGAUUUUU